CCGCUCGCCACGUAUUCUGAAAAAUGCUCCAUCUACCCUCAAUAAUCACUCUAUGUUUAUUAAUUAAAACAACGUUUGCUAAUUUAUCAGUGGAUAAUGCUGGAUGGCAUGGAUUAUCUGAUUUCGACAUCACGAAUUACGUGUCUAAUGAUCACAACAUUCAUCAGAAUAUUCCUUCUCAUGGAUCAUAUUCUUCUUUCGAAAAUGGUGGCGAUUUUCAUUUAGAUAUGGAUCAAGGAUUUAAAGACAGUAACAUUCAACAUACAAUCGUUCAAGCUGUGCCGAUCAAUGAGCAUGUGGAAAUUACAAAGCCAGUGCCGAUACCAGUUAUAAAAAAUAUCGGAAUUCCAGUGCCACAACACGUGUCAAUACCUGUUCCUCAUCCUAUGGCAGUAGGUGUUGCUCAACCUUAUCCUGUUCACGUGCCGGUCAUCCAGCAUAUUCCUGUGCCGGUUGUGAAAACCAUCGCAAUUCCAGUUGAGAAGAAAGUCCCAUAUCCGGUGGAGAAAAUCAUACCAGUGCCCGUGGAAAAGCCGGUGCCAAUAACUAUUGAGAAACAUGUGCCCGUUCCUGUGGAAAAGCUAUAUCCGAUUCAUAUACCGAUUUAUAAGCACGUCUUCCACCGAAGAAAAACAAAAAAACGCGGCCGUAAAUGGUAUUAUUGAAGAAAGUUGGGCUAUAAUUAGUUAUAAUUAAACGAGAUUUCAAUGGAUGACACGAAUAACUGUUGAUUCGUGGAACAUUUUCUCGCAAAGACGAAUGACAUUAGAUAGCGAAAGUA